AUGAAGGAUGGGCGUGUCGGAGAUCGCAAGCUUUUGAUUGCUCUCUUCGCCUCCCUUCUUGUCCUUGUGACUUCAGAUUCAGUUAAGAGUGGAUUUCAAGUUUUCACGAAAGACAAUAAAAACACUGUGGAUCGCAGUGCAUUGGCCACUUGCUAUACAUUGGGUGGUAAAAGAAUCGAACGAGUUUCACAUAACAAUCCAGAAAAAGGAUACAAAUGCAAAGUUACACUCCAAACACUUUCUACAGAUAAGAUCCAAGCAAAGGACGUCUGCGAAAGUCGUAUCCCCUACUACAUUAUUGGAUCAGAAGAGGGACCAUCAACUUCCUGUACUUUCCAAAUAAAUGUGGGAUGUGAUACUUCAUACUGGCAGAUCAACCGGAAAUGCUACAAAGUUUCAAAUAGUAGACUGACUUGGAAAGAAGCUCAGGAAUACUGUAAAAAGAAUGGCUUCAGUGGUCUUCAACCGAAAGUGGCAGAAUAUUAUUCGACAGCUCUGAGUAACUACUUGAGUGAUAUGCAAGGAAUUUCUUCUGCUUGGGUCCACGUUCCGGAACUGAAAGAUUAUUUUGUAAACGGGGAAGGAAAUGCAGCAGUUUAUGUUCAAGAUGGUGCAUUCAAGUAUGAUACGAGAAAGAAUAGUAUUAUGAUGGAUCAUCUGAAUGCGACGCAUCAAGUAUUGUGUGAAUACACGGCCCCAAUGACAAAAGCUGAAAUGUUUUAUAUCAGUGAAGUCUAUAGUGAAAUUUAUCCGAUCAAUGUGUAUGCGGAUGGUGCCAUCAUUCCUUCUGCUGACUUCUCGACAAUUGAGCAAAAGGAACUUGUGAAUAAUAUCGAACAAUUCACAACUACUGGUUUCAAUGAAAGAUGUUUGGCAAUUGGAAGAAUUAUCAAUGUGGAAAGUUUUCCAAUGACAGCAAUUGAAGUGGAAUUCAAUGCAGUUAAGGACUAUCUUACUGAUGAACGUUUCUAUUUGACAAAUGCAUACAAGAACGAUGGAAAAAGACGAAAUGACUAUCGCCAGUUAAACGAAGAUGGGAUAUCGUAUCAGAUAUUCCAGAGUGACGCAGCUGGAAAUGACAAAGAUUAUUCUAAGGCACACAGCUUCAGUUUCCAUAAAUCCGAUCGAUUCCCUACAAUGGCUGCAAUGCGAGCACCAAUACUCUGUGCACUACAUUCAUUCAAUUGGAAAUUCGGAAAUUGUACUGCCGGACCAACAUGGAGUGAACAACCCGUUCGACACGUUAGAAAAGAUGGCCGAGCUUUCUGUCACUAUAUCAGCAACGGCAAGGUCGCCACUUAUGAUGAAGCCAGAAGAUAUUGUGAAGCUGAUGGACUUGGUGCUUCACUCAGUGGAUUUGAUGAUGAAGAAGAGUUCAGCAAGAUUAAGAAUAAAGUCGAUCCAACAUAUCCACUCACCAGUGACAUUGAAAAUGAUGGAGGCUAUUUACCGAUGCGUUACUUCGAUAUGGGAGGCAAGCAGCAACGGAUAGAUAAUCAUUAUUGGCUUGGAGGAAUAUCUCCAUGCGAGACUGAUUGCGCACUUCCGGGAGAUAAAAGACAAGUAGCAAGUUGGGAAGAAGGCGUUGGAAUCAACACACACUUCCUUAAUACAUUCAGCCACGAAGGACAUCCAUGGGAGGAUGAUGGGCAGCGGAAAUAUGUCUCGUUCCGUUCUGAUAAAGUUGCUUUCCAUGUUCACCCUCUCAAUGACCCCUACACCUACAUGUUCUUCAUCUGUGGUAAAACUGCGCCGUUGGAACGUACGGAAAAAAGAGAAGGAACCAUCAAAGGAUGA